AUGUUUAGUGCCUCUCAUGGCUCCGGUACAAACUCGUGCCGCGGCCAUCUGGACAGACUCAAGAAGAUCACAAUCUUUGCCGAGAAGGCCACACCAAGCAAUGUCAGCAUAUUCAAGUUUGGCCGCCGACCUACUACAGUGUUUUGCCUUGUACUGCACCUCACAUUGAGCACAGGAGCGUCUUUCACGUCAGAUUAUGUUUCCUUCAUCGUUCUACGUGCGUUAGAUGGAGCAGCUGUCAACGGUCUCUACUUCACCGCCUUUGUUCUAGCCCUGGAAGUUGUCGGACCUUCCAAGCGAAAUGCAGUAGGCAUGGCUGUGACCCUGAGUUUCGAGAUAGGAUUCUUCGUCCUUUCUCUCCUGGCUUACUUCCUGCGAACCUGGUGGAAUCUUCAGCUGGUCCAAGCAUUGAUAAUGUACCCACUCCUAUGCUAUUGGUGGGUACUUCCAGAGUCUCCCAGAUGGCUGAUCAGUAAACAACGAUUCACGGCCGCCAAGGAUGUCCUUAAGAGAGCUGCUCGGAUAAACAAGGUUACCAUACAAGACCGAGUCUCGGAUCUGCUCGCAAAGCCAGCUGAAUCCAACGAAAACACAAAGAGUUUCACAAUAAUUGACCUCGUGCGAACCCCUCGGAUGCGCAAAAUCACAUUGACGAUGUGCUUGGUAUGGAUGUUCAUAGCAGGAGUCUAUUUUGGCCUAAUUGUCGGGACGACAGAUCUAGCCGGAGAUCCGUACGUCAACUUUGCUCUGGGUGCAGCUCUGGAAAUCGGGCUGGCUAUUCUAGGGUGGGCGGGCAUGGAGAGAUGGGGCAGGAAACCAGUCAUAGCAGGGUCCGCUUUACUUGCAGGGACAGGUUGCCUGGUGACAGCGGCUACAAAGGAACUACCGACUAUUUCCCGUAAUUUUGCCUUGGUCGGCAGAGUUGUCAUCGGAAUUACUUACAACUGUUUUAUCGCAUACUCAUCUGAGGUUUUCCCGACUGUAGUAAGGUAUGUUGCUUGA